AUGAGCAGCGAGGGGAAACUUAUUGAUGAUCCUGCAUCUCUAUUGAAAGAAACUAGAGAAGCUUUCAACAUUGAAGAAGAUAUCGAAAAUUUGAUCGAAAUUAACAAGAAAUUGAAACAAAUAAAAGAAAAGUCAAACACGUUGAUAAAAAAUCGAAAUCUGAAUAUAAAGAAGUUGUCCAAUGAUAUGAAUGCACAUAAAGACAAGACUGAUACUUUAACUAUUGAAUUGCAAAGAAUCAGAGAGGAAAAUUUUAAGAUUAAGGAAAAUGAAGCCAACUUAGAAAUAUUUGUGAAUGAUUUGAAUAAAUUAGAGUCAGAAACCACUGAAUUAAGGCAAAAUAUCGAUGAUAAAGUGACUAAGCUAAUCUCUGAACCAAAUACGUUGGAUUUUACGGCAGAUCCUUCCAUUCUCGAUGAUCCUGUUGCCAAGGCAAACUUGUUAAAAUUGAAAUUUUAUAGGUCAAUGGGGAUUAUAAUAGACUCAGACAACAAUCAAGUGCUCAUUGAAAAUGCUAAAAACAAGAUCGAUAUCUUACCACUAGAUGAUGAUUACAGUGACUUCUUCAAGACCAAAUUCAUUUGGGAUAGAAUUAAGAAAUCACAGAGUCGAGAGGAAACCCUAACUCCUCCUUAG